AUGAGCAACAAAGUCUUGGUCAUCACGAAGCCGGCCCUAGGCCGGUACUCAGCCGAUUGCCUCCGCCUGGAAGAGCACAAGACGGUACCCCUGGAGCCUGGCGAAGUGCGACUGCGGACCAUUUACCUCUCGCUAGACCCGACAAACAGGAACUGGCUGAAGCUUGGGAAUGCAACCACGGUCGUCGACAAGGUCGACGUCACCCUCAAGGUCGGCGACGUCAUGCUGGGCCAGAUGCUCGGGGUGAUCGAGGAGUCACGCGCAGAUGGAUAUAACCCAGGUGACCUAGUCGGCGCUUUGGCCAGAUGGGAGACGCAUCCCGUGGUAAAGGCAAAGCUGGUCCGGCGCAUCACUCCUGCCCCGAACGAGCCCUUUUCGACCUAUCUCUCUCUUUUUUCCCACAUCGGCCGCGCGGCGCUCAUCGGCAUGAAACAUGUGCUCGACGUGCAAGCCGGAGAGACGGUGCUGGUUUCGGGAGCAGCUGGGGCAACGGGCUCGGUGGCAGUGGGCAUUGCGAAAGCGAGAGGUUGCAGGGUGGUCGGAAUAGCCGGAGGGGCGGCCAAGUGCGCGCUGGUGACCGACGAAUUUGGCGCCGAUGCAGCCAUCGACUACAAGAACGAGGACGUUGGUGAAGCCCUGGGCCGAAUCUGCCCGGAGGGAGUCGACGCCUUCUUCGACAACGUCGGCGGCCAGACCUUGGACGCAGCGCUCCUCCACAUGAACAACUGCGGUCGUAUCGCCGUGUGUGGCGUCAUGUCCGACUACGACAAUGCCACGCCAGAGGCUGGUUACGGCGUGCGCAAUCUUUUCCGUGUUCUGAUCCGACGACUGCGGAUAGAAGGCUUCUUGGCCGAUCAGGCCGAGGAAGAGCCUCUCAUUGAAGAGCUCAGGGGGUUGUUUCAAGCGGGUGCCAUCAAACAUCGGCCUCACAUCGUCCAAGGCUUUCAGGACGCGCCGGAGCACCUCGGACUUCUCAUGCGUGGCCAGAAUGAAGGGAAGCUCAUGGUUCAAGUCUCUCCGGAGGUUUAG